AGAGGCUUUCAGCUGCCAGAACCCAGCUCUCCCAUCUCCUGUGACUCUUCGGUCAGACACUUCUUUCCAGCCUUCUCAUGGGAUCAGCAGAUUGCUAGGGUACCACACUCAAGUGUGUCAGGCUGUUUAGCCAGGACUGGUGGUAAAUUUAAUCACACGUUGUGUAGGAAUUUUUAAGUGCAUUUAUUUAGACCUUUAUUCUAAAGGAAGUGCAGGUAGCUAAUGAAGGAUUUCAGAGGCAUUGCUCAGUGUCUACAUUGUUAGUAAGCUUGAGUUUCUUUCUCUAUCACUAUGUGGUUUGGGACAGACAUGUUAGGAAGAAUGAGAAAGGAAACUUAAACACCAGUUUAACACUUUGGUUUUGUUUCCUCUUGCGGCUUUACGCCAAGGUUUCUUGAGAAAUUCAGAGCAUAAGUCCUUUCCAAACUGCAAACACUUUCAGGUAGCCAGGCUGGAGUUUGUGAGGAUCAAUUUCCUGGAAGUUUUUACUUUUUUUUUUUUUUAAAGUUCCUUUUUGGUGGUAGCAGAGUAGGCAGGCAAGCAUAUUACCUCUUAAUUCUCUGUUAUCCUGUGACUAGAUCUUCCUGUUUUUUCCAUUUGCACAUAAUCUGAUCCCAGGCUCAUCCCCGGAGUCUAGACACACAGCUCCGAUUUCUUACUUUCUUCCCUAGUGUAACCUCUCUAGAGCCCAAGGCCUCAGUACUGAUACGUGCUUGUUUCUUAGACCAAAUACUAUUACCCUUGUUUAAAAAUUUACCCAAUCCAAAUUCUAUGUUGUAGCCUAUUUUUUUUCCAGAGGCAGGGUAGCCUUUUUGCAUUUGGGGAUCAUUUUGUGAGCCUUGGAAUUUAAACAAAGGGCUGAAGAGAUGGAUGUGGUGGGGAGUUACUGUGUUCUGACCUGCUUCCUGUCUAAGUGCCUUGGCAGGAAAGUCACUCUGACAUGGCCUGGGCUGCUCCGUCUUCACCAUCUUCAGGACCCACUAUGUAUGGAUUUCAUCCAGGAUGGUGAUUUGCGCUCCUUAUAUUUUGGUUAUCUAUGGGCCAGUUUCCCAACUUUUUACACAUCCAGGGAACUUGGUCAUUUUUUUUUCUCAUACUUUGGCACUGAGUGUGAAGGCUGUAAGUCCCUUAAUUCCUUUUUAUGGGAAGUAGAAAGAGGCCUAAAGUAUAUAAACAUUGACAUUCUCUUGGCACAUGCAUGGGCUUGACUUUCCUGUCACAGUCUGUGGCAGUCAGCUAAACUGGAAAUAGUGGGCAUACACACACCACACCCACACACAGCCCUCCUCACUCAUGCGUCAGCCCUUUCCUCUACGUGAGGGCAGAAUUCCAGCUGCUGCUCUGAAGCUUCUCCGCUGCCCCACUGUGUCGUGUCACAUGGGCACAAAGCCAUCUCAGCAGUCCUUCUCAAGGACUCGGGUACCAGGGUACCAGGGUACCAGGUUUGGAAGCUGAAAUGCCUAAAUCUAAAAUCUGGCUAUGACUUCUGACUUAACAGCUUCCCUACACCCAAAGCCUCAGACUUCUCCCUGCUGUGCUCUGCAGAGAUGCCGGGAGAGUGUACAGAGAGGCCAAGGAAACAGGCUUGGAAGGAAGGGCAGCUUCCUAGUGUCUCCUGACAAUUUUGUUUUACUUCCUCACCUGCCCACAGGGCCCUUAAGGCACUCUCUACUUCCUGCAUAAUUCCUGGUGUCUUGUACAAACAAGUUAGUGAAUAACACUCAGAAAACACAUACCACUAAAAGUACUGGUUAACUUGGGGACACUGGAACAGGUAGUGAUGAAGUCUGUAGGUAGGAGGGUCUGUCUGAGGUUGAGUAUAUCUAGUAAUCAACUGGCAAAGCCUCUGAAAAGUCACUUGCUGAGCAGCCUGUGGUUUUCUGCUCCCCUCAUGGGUGAAAGAUCCAAGGGUGGUGGGAGCCAAGGCUUAUGCAGAGGGCCAGGCACAGCAGGAUGUGGGAGCCAGUGGGGGCUGUGGUACCAUGGUGAGUGGACAGUAGGAAUUCCCAGACAUCUCUGAUUCCAGAAUGGUCCAGUCAGUGAGAUGUGGCUUACUGGGGGUUGCUAAUAAUGCAGGGCUCUGAUCUCAGAAAUAGUUUGUGCUCUGGGGCCACUGCUGACAUCUAAAUCAGACCCUGAAACUCCUGGUUGUCAUCUUUCCUCCCCCUCUCAGGCUGCUUGAGGCUCCGAUUGAGGUAUUCCUUACCAAGUACUCUAUUCAGCUGGGUCCUGAUGAGUCUUCCCUGCCGCUCCCAGGCCCCUCCAUGUUUCUUUUGCUUUAAAAUACCAGGGAAUACAGAUCCAGGGGUUUCCGUCCCCCUCCCAUUCAUUUUUAGGGUUACUCUGAAAGCCUGUGAUUGAUUCUUUCCUCCUUAGGACUUAGGUUCAGUGUACAGGCCUAACUUUGGUUUCCCCCCACCCAUAAAGGGGCACACACACACACACACACACAAGAAAGAACUGAACCGGCGGGCUGGCUCUUACCCACCUUGGGCAGCAGGUGUUUCCUCCCUAGCUUCCCUUUUGAAACCGAAUACUUGUUGCUUGCGCACCCUCACCCCUCUCUUGCUGUUUUUUUCAACUAAUAGUCAGCAACUUGCCUCGCAUAUGGGAAUGGUUCCCAGGUUCUUAGUAUUGAGGUUGGUGAACGCUCUUCUUGCUGAGGAAACGCUUCUAACGCCACCAAGUGCUGCACCCCUCAAAGUCGGUGAAUCUCUGGAUUCACUGGGCUGGACAAGGGACACUCUUGGGAAAAGUCUGUACUGGACAAGGCUCAGGGUGUGAGUGGGGUUGGCAUCUACACAGGAGCUGCGACUGAGAGGGAAAAGGCCUCAAACAAACAUCUCUGCUACCACUGCCUUUCGAAGUUGGGGGACUUGGGAAGACCCGUUGUUUAGAUCUUGACCGGUGAUCAGGAAGUGAGCAGUAGAGGAAGGCCCUGGAAGGAGGGGCCAGCGCGGACUCGCCCGUGGCAGGGCGGGGACCAACAGAGGGGCCUAGGGGCUGGGGAGCGCCGCCCCGCCCUCCCGGGGAAGGACCACAUUGCCGGCUAGCAGGAAGGCCAACCAGACCGGACGAGGCCGCUCCAGCGCUGGGUGUUGCCAGUCGGGGCGAGCCUGGUUCCAGGCGGGGUUAAACUCACUUUCUGCUUAGGAUGUCAAGGUAUUGCCAUUCUAAUCCAGACAUCAAGGACGGUGGAGAAGACGAAAGUCAGUUGUCUGUUUACAGAAGAGGAACUGAGGCAGAGGUUCUUCAGGUGUGGCUCCCACAGCACAGGAAGACCUCCAGAGCCAGCCAGCCUGGGCCCACAGGGCUCACGGAGACUGAAGCACCAACUGAAGAGCAUGCAGGAACUGGACCUAGGCUCCUGCACAUAUGUAGCAGAUGUACAGUGUGGUCUUCAUGUGGGUCCCAUAACAAUUGAAGUCCACCAUGGUCCAGGGAAUGGCUCCACACUCAUGAGUAUAUGGGCAGCACAAAUUGGAGUGGAAACAGGGAAGUUGUCGAAUCUGUACCAAAGUGCAUAUGGUACCAGAGGGGACUGAGCAGUGCUCCCUGGAGGAACUUCCACCCCUUCAGCCAAGGAUCAUACCUCUAGACACGGCAUCUGCUGUAGAGAGCAUCAUUCACAGUCAGUGUACAUGGCUUCUUCCUACUCUCAGCCUAGAAGAAUAAACCCUUAGACUGUGGGGACCUGAGCCAGGCAAGCCAAAGGCAGCCUUGAGCCCUCCCUCCCCUGCCCUCCCCUGCGGGGGCCAGGAUGCUGAAGAAGCAGACUGCAGGGCUUGUGCUUUGGGGUGCUAUCAUCUUUGUGGGCUGGAAUGCCCUGCUGCUUCUCUUCUUCUGGACACGCCCAGCACCUGGCAGGCUGCCCUCAGACAGUGCCCUUGGUGAUGACCCUGCCAGCCUCACCCGUGAGGUCAUCCACCUGGCCGAGGACGCUGAGGCGGAGUUGGAGCGGCAGCGGGGACUGUUGCAGCAAAUCAAGGAGCAUUAUGCUUUGUGGAGGCAGAGGUGGAGAGUUCCCACUGUGGCCCCUCCAGCCUGGCCCCGUGUGCCUGUGACCCCCUCACCAGCGCAGAUCCCCAUCCUGGUCAUUGCCUGUGACCGCAGCACUGUCCGGCGCUGCUUGGAUAAGUUGUUACACUAUCGGCCCUCAGCUGAGCGUUUCCCCAUUAUUGUCAGUCAGGACUGUGGGCAUGAAGAGACAGCACAGGUCAUUGCUUCCUAUGGCACUGCAGUCACACACAUCCGGCAGCCGGACCUGAGUAACAUUGCCGUGCAGCCAGACCACCGCAAGUUCCAGGGUUACUACAAGAUUGCCAGGCACUACCGCUGGGCACUAGGCCAGAUCUUCAACAAGUUCAAGUUCCCGGCUGCUGUGGUAGUGGAGGAUGAUCUGGAGGUGGCACCAGACUUCUUUGAGUACUUCCAGGCCACCUACCCACUGCUGAGAACAGACCCCUCCCUUUGGUGUGUGUCUGCUUGGAAUGACAAUGGCAAGGAGCAGAUGGUAGACUCAAGCAAACCUGAGCUGCUCUAUCGAACAGACUUUUUUCCUGGCCUUGGAUGGCUGCUGUUGGCUGAUCUGUGGGCAGAGCUGGAGCCCAAGUGGCCCAAGGCCUUCUGGGACGACUGGAUGCGCAGACCUGAGCAGCGGAAAGGACGGGCUUGUAUUCGCCCAGAAAUUUCAAGAACUAUGACCUUUGGUCGCAAGGGUGUGAGCCAUGGGCAGUUCUUUGACCAGCAUCUUAAGUUCAUCAAGCUGAACCAGCAGUUCGUCCCCUUCACCCAGUUGGACCUGUCGUACCUGCAGCAGGAGGCCUAUGACCGGGACUUCCUCGCCCAGGUCUAUGGUGCCCCCCAGCUACAGGUGGAGAAAGUGAGGACCAAUGAUCGGAAGGAACUGGGGGAGGUGCGGGUACAGUACACUAGCAGAGACAGCUUCAAGGCCUUUGCUAAGGCCCUGGGUGUCAUGGAUGACCUCAAGUCUGGUGUCCCCAGGGCUGGCUACCGUGGCAUUGUCACUUUCCAGUUCCGGGGCCGGCGUGUGCACCUGGCACCCCCACAGACAUGGACUGGCUAUGAUCCUAGCUGGAAUUAGCAGCACCUGCUUUUCCCUCCUGGGUCUCUUUGCCGAGUGCUGAGCCGAGGCAGGCCUGCAGGUCCUGGGCUACACCAUCCUGCCAGUGUCUCCCUCUCAGUGUCUCCCUCUUGGAUCUGUAGAUCUUCCCUUUGUGUCCUGGCCAGCCCCCAAGUGGCAUUCUAGUGCACAAAUCAUAGGAUGAGGGUUAUACUCCUGUUGUCAAGGGAGUAUUGUGUGGUAUAUUUAGGGCAUAUUGAACAAGAAACCACUGUGUGGUAUGGGGAGGGUUGGGCCUGUUGGGGCCAGGUUUGUAGUGUCUCCAAGGGCAUCUGCAGAGAGCCUGGCAGCUCCAGCUCUCCUCAGCAGGCCUCUCUCCACCCUGAUCUGGCCCCUGUCAGCCCAUGAGCCCUCUUUAUGUACCCAUCCUCCCUUUCUGCACCUUCCCUCAGGGUGGGGCUGGAUUAUGGAGGAAGGAAUGGAUCUGUGGUCAGAUGAGACUAACCAGAGGGACUCACUGUCAGAGUUAGCGUGGAUUGCUGUUGCCGGGGCACUGCCUCCUGACUUCUCUCCCUGCUGACGUGGCUCUUGUCCUGGAGCAGAGCAGUGCGUUGUAGGGAGAUGGAAAGUAGGAACGAAAGCAAGACUGGCUCCCGUGGUGGAGCCAGUUGUCAGGAACGGUGGCAGGCAGAAAGUCUAUGCGUGGGCACCCUGUCUUCUUGCCUGUGGCCCCCCUCCUUUCUGAAAGUUAGUUCUCUCUGCAUUCUUUAGGAGGAUUCAGGGGCAGCCUAGUGGAAGACAGUGGACUCCAUGCCUCUUUCCCCUGGGGUUUGCUUCAGGGGCUCCUCCCCGAGGGCUUGCUCCUGGUGGCCCCAGCUGAGAUCAGGACAUCUGUGGCCCUGAGCCGGCUCUGGUCCUUGACCUUUCCCAGCCUUCCCACAUCUUCCCAGGCCAAGAUGCAGGGGGCAGGCUGGAGAGAAAUUUGUGUGUCCUUGUUUGUUGCCUGAUCUUAGUUUCAUGGAAGAAAAUGGAAUCUACAGAAUUAUUUUCAAAAAUAAAGUAAAGGCUGAAUUGCUGAAAAA